UCGUACCUUCACGAUCUCCCUUAAAUGAUAUCCUCGCCAUGUGGUUUCACAAGUCGUCCUGUCUUCACAAAAGCUGACUUCUCCGUUACGCGCGUGUCAAUGGUCUUGGACGAUAGCGCUAUAGAGCUUUACGAAUACCAACCUACGCCGUUUCGCGAACGACCUUGUCUGCGGACAUUCCGCUCGGAUUCUCUGUUCUCGACCCAACCCAGAAGCUCUGAAGAUCAUACUUUUGGAGGAAUUGUGGACUCGUCCACGUUUCCGCUGUACACGGCAAGAUGGCCGGCCCUGUAAAUCCCUUUGCUGGCCUUGGCCAGAAGGAUGGGCCAGCCGGACCAGCAGGACGUGGACGCGGCGGACCUUCUGGUCGACCUUAUCAAUCCAAAACCGCCAAUCAGCCUCGCGCAUCCAAAAUUCGAGGCCGAGGCCGAGGAGCUUCAUCAGCAACAAGGUCUGGACGGGGGCAAGGAAGGGGCGCUAGCACAGCGAGCAAUACUUGGCGCAAUAAGUCAGAUUCGCCGUCAGGGUCUGUACAACCGACUACCUCGCCUUUCGCACAUAUUCAGCAAACGGCCCCUGUUUCGUCACCCUUUGGCGGCCAGAGCUUGCAGCAGAAGACGUCUUCUACAGGGUUUGGAAAGGCCUCGCCAGUGCCGUUUGCUGUCCCCAAUUUAGAUGGCAGUGGCGUCGGCUUCGGUACGGGUUUCAGCCAAGGGUCCUCCCAGCAGCCGUCAACUUCGAAUAACGGUGUCAGCGUUCCCGUCGAAGAGUUGUCGCAUAUUAGCAGCUAUACCGAGCGCUAUGAACAGCUCAAACUCGAUAGAACGAAGGAACGGGAAAAGGCCAUUAGAGAAGGGCAGAUGGCAGAUCCAAACCAACCGACUUCCUUGAAUCAAGCUAUUACACCCGUGGGCACGUGCACAAGCAUGUGCCCUGAAUUUGAAAGAGUGGAACGUAUAGUCCAGAAGAUGGUCGACAAAAGCGAGAAGUUCCUGCAUCCCGCAACGAAUUCGCUACAGAAUAUGGAAAUGAAGAUGCUAAAAAGAUUCAGAAGAUCCGCGGCCGGCUAUGAUGAACAGCUUCCGUCAGACAUUCGAACACCGAAGACUCUCCUCCAGACCAUGAACUACCUCAUACGGCACGUCAUUGAUGGACCCGAGCCUCUUGGGCUUAUCCAUAAAUUCGUAUGGGACAGAACUCGCUCAAUCCGCAAUGAUUUCUCUGUCCAGCAGCUCACGCAGGAGGAACAUGUGAAGAUGGCGGUAACAUGCUUGGAGAGAAUUGCUCGAUUCCACAUCAUAUCACUGCAUCUUCUGUCAAGCCCUGCCAACGAUGAACCUUUUGAUCGCCAUCAGGAACGUGAGCAGCUGAACAACACGAUGUUGUCGCUGAUGUACUAUUACGAUGAUAACAGAGGCCGGAUCACGUUCCCGAACGAAGACGAGUUCCGGGCCUACUAUAUAAUCUUCUCGAUUCAUGACCAACGGCCUGAUUUGGAAGCUCGUGUUCAGAAAUGGCCUGCGGAGCUGAGGAACUCACCUCGGGUUCAAAUCGCCUUGGAACUAUUUGCUGCUGCGGGAAAUACAUGGGAGUACCAGGGAACUCUCGAUGCGAAGCGAACAAACGCGAUCGCGCAAGGCUUCUACGCACGGUUUUUCAACAUAAUUGAUUCGCCGGGCGUCUCGUAUCUCACAGCCUGCGUUGCAGAGAUCUACUUCAAUCACAUGCGUCAGACCGCUAUUCGUUCCAUUUGGAAAGGAUACUGUCGCUAUCCUGCAUCCCAACAGCACAAGAACGAAGAGUGGACCCUUGACGAGCUGACGACAGUCCUUUGCUUUGAUGACCAUGAACAGACUAUCAAGUUCUGUGAAGACCAGGGCUUGGAAUUUGCCGAGAACGCCAAUGGAGACCUUUAUCUUAACUGGGGCGAUCGUCCAAUUGAUACAGUCGCCUUUCAGCCGUCGUCAGAUCACUCGUUCUCGGAGCAGCUUGUUGAGUCAAAACGUGCAGGCAGAACAUUGGCCGCCAUCAUCCUUGGCCUCAACAUCAAAGAAGCUACAAACCUCGGAAUGGUCGACACUACUCACUUGUCCGAGCGCAUAUCUGCGUUGCCCGCGCCUAUGACUACAAGCGAUGAUUCGCUUUUCGUGAGCGACGACGAGCACGUCUCUCAACCGUUUAACUUCCAAGCGGCUGGGCCUUUUUCACAAGAAGAGAGCCCACGCGACUCGCCGAGCUCUGCAUCUAGCCUUCAGAACGCGUUCGUGGGGUUUUCACAGCCAGAAACUUCGAAUCCACCGGCUUUUGCUUUUGCUCCUCAUCCGACUCCACAGCCCUCACAGCCUUUUGAUACGCAGAAACAGACAUUUUCGUCACUUUUUCCACCUAGGAGCACGGCCAAUACUUCUGGAUCACCUACAAGUGCACCAUCAAAUCCUUUCGCGAAUGCAAUGCCGUCAUCCACCCUGUCGGAAAGUCCCCCAAAAGAGAGCAUUACGGCCUUCACGCCCCCGUCAGCUAAUCAGCAGCCUAAGUCUAUCUUCGCCUCCGCACCGAGCCCUGUUGCAUCACAAAACACAGACAAACCUUCCCUAUUUCCUCCUACCACGCCUUUCAGCUUCCCAAAUUCUGUUAACUCUAAUACGGCCCCGACAUCACCAUUCAGUACCCCUACAGUUUCUUUCUCCCAAGAGACCGACCAAGCGAACGUACCGGCUGCUGGUCAGCCCACACCUAGUGUCUUCAACACAGUCAAGCCGCCAUUCUCGUCAGGGACAUCUAACUCUAUAUUCAGUUUCUCCAACGAAAGCAGAAUCUCUGCUGACGUUGUCCCUCAAUCUCAAACAUCUUCUCAGCCUUUUGGGGCCGCAUCACCGCCAUUCACGACUGCAUCUGCACCGGUGAAACAAGAGCAAUCACGCCUUUUCUUCGCCCCGCCGCCACUUGCGCCAUCCGACACCGCGUCCCAAGCUCAACUGGGCAGUCCAUCGCUCAAAGAGAAACAAUCAAUGCCCUCGGAUGACAGUAUUGCUGUUCAUUUCACGAAAGAUAUCUCGCCUGGACCGUUAGUUGAAAAAGAGCAUAUAUCACUCCCAAGCAAUAACAUUCCAGUCGAGUCUCUGCACUCAUCGACUGCCCAGGAACCGGAGGCAGUGAAGGCUCUUAUUGAUGGAGAGCGUUCAAGCCAGCCAGUCGGGGCAGAAAAGAAGCACGAGUCUCUACUUAUUAAGACGCCUGUUGAGGAACCAUCUGAGGAACCAUCUCCUGAACUUGACAAUAAUUCGCGGCGCUCUGCCUGGUUAUCCGCUCUGAAAGGAGCUGCUGAUAGACGGCGGGAAACCAUGUCUAAUGGGCGUAAGCGAGUCCACGAGGAGCCAGAAGAACAAACACUUGUUCAGAGCGGACCCAAAGCGCAGAAACUGCCCAAGGCCGAAAUGCCCACUCCCCAGAAGAAGUCCAUGGCACUUGCUUCUACGAAACCGUUACCAAAGCUUCCAAUUCUGGAACGAAUCGAAUCAAUGACCACCAGAAAACCGGUGGAACCCAAACACGAGGCGCCGAAGUCGGUUCAAGUUGACGAAGAUGAGCUGCUUUUGUCCGCUGCCCGGAUUGCCGCCGAAUCAUUGAGAAGUGGACCCAAGCUCCUCGAUGGGUGGCAUGCAUCCUACGAGCCCCGAAGCUCUUCCUUCAGCCCCGGGGCUAGUUUAUCAUCUUCUGUUGCAAUGUCUAGAAGCCAGUCCCCCCAGUCAUCAUCCUACGUCAAUGGCUAUGAGGUCUCACUAGCCCCAGAUACAGAUCUCGGACUUGGCCGUACGCUGUCUCGGACAGAGCAACGAAUUCGACUGACAGGAGCUAAGGGUCUAGCGUACAAGCCGUUGGAUUUCACUCCUGAGAAGAAACGGAGAUCUCGCUAGACUGGCAGUGAAUUUAAGCUCUGCGCAUCUUUAUUAGUUCUUUCUCGAUCCAUGUACAAUCUGCUCGAUAUGCGACAUCCAUCUCAUCUGAUUCCAUUUCACCAUGAAGGGACCUACCGUGAUUCUGGCUUUUCAAUUAAUACUAUACCACUGCAUUCAGCACCGGCGUUUUGAGGUCCAUGUACGCCUUUAUUCUGUCUUUUUACUUCGGGCUUGUGGCUGACACGGGAAUUCUGUCUGAUUCGAAAUUAUGCAUUCAGUGGACAUCUAUAUCUCAGAAUCAUGUUGAAAACGGCGUUGUAUUCUUCACUGCGAGGUGAAAUAGAACCAGAUUAUCUAUACCCAUACUACUGAUCCCUCAGUCUCCGAAUCUCAUACAAAUGUCAUAGCACAGUCGCAUAUUGCUUUUGUACUAUUAAGGUGAUUAAACAUCUAUGGGACCUUUGAUGGAAGAAGUUCUUCCGUCCGCUAUAAAUUCCGUUUUAACCUUUGGAAUUGUUUCAGUCUGAACACUACGAGUAUUUGACAUAGUUAUGCGGAUAGGUUUAGUAAUGUCACUCAUAGGACUACUAGUAUUUCGAGUAGGCUGCUCGUGAAAAGGGG